CUCUUUCUCUCUUUCUCUCUCAGUGUUUGCUUGAUAUCAUAUGAUGUACUGCUGUCCCAUCCAGGGUAAACUGCCGCCUUAACAUCAAUGUUACUGGCUCAGAAUAAGGCAUUUUGUACAUACUGUAUUUAUUGUAAAUAAUAGAAGACAUUACACUUUUUUGAACUGUGAUGCUUAUGAUAAGUGAACACAUUAGCCACACAGGUAUGUUAACUGCAGCUGAUUGUUGUUGUGGUGCGGGUGUUGUGAGAGACAGGAGGGGAAAAAGUUCAACUCCCCUUCUCUGAGUCAGUAAUCCUUGCCCUCCAUGUCUCCUUUUCUGCUAAAGCCCGUCACAUGGUCUUUUGUCUGUCCCACCAUGACAGCUUCCCAUUGGCUGAUUUGCUUGAAAAAGCAUCCGUAACCAAGGCAACGGAGAGCUGCAGCUCCUCUUCACUCGAAUGCUGAGGCCUUGGCUAAGUCACCCUGAUCCAUUUUUACCCUCUGUCUGUCUUCCUUUCUUUGUCUCUUCACAAGCUAUCUUCAGCAGUUUUCCAUGCAUAUGUCAAGAGUCUAGACCAGGUGGCUGAUACUGCCUUUGGUUUCACUCAGAAUGGUGAUCGGAAAAGCUGACGCUCAGGAAAGAGGCUUCAGCUCCAAGGAGGACACUGCCAUAUAAAAGGAUUUGCUGCAUGAAUUUCGUACACAGAGAUGGAGCUAAAGGUGUGGGUGGACGGUGUGCAGCGUGUUGUCUGCGGCCUGUCUGAAGAGACAUCCUGUCAGGAUGUGGUCAUCGCUCUUGCUCAGGCAAUAGGGCAAACAGGUCGCUAUGUCCUUGUCCAGAAGCUGAGAGACAAAGAACGUCAGCUUGUUGCUAAUGAGCGUCCACUGGAAGCCCUGGCCAAACUUGGCCAGUUGAGCAGUGAAGUACAGUUCAUCCUGCGACGCACUGGACCCACCAGCAGCCAGGAUUCUGACUUGGACCGAGUCCCUUCAUUACCGAAACUCCUGGACCCAGAACCCCCGAAGACUAAAGUCCCCAAAAAGGCUCUCAGCUUCAACCUAGGGCCUUCUACCUCUUCACAAACUUUUGUUAAGAAACCCAAAAAUGUGCCAAAGGACUCUCCGGAGCAAAGAAUGCCCCUCGGUCCUCCUGGAUCCUCCCACGCCCAAGCUGGCCCGUCCAAAGAGGAGGUCUUCCGGCAGAUUCUUCAGCAGCAAACCAGGUUACAGGAUCUCCAGUCCCACUUGGAAAACCUGGAAAAACAGGCCUGGGUUUGGGAGCAACCUUCACCUCCAAGUUUUUCCCCAGACCUUAUAGAGGAAAUGAACUUUCUGGGGGACAAAUUUCAGCAAAACGAGGAAGAACUGGCCCAUGAGGAGUACUGGGAGUUUGAGUAUCACUCUGAGAUUGAAAAAGAACAAAGUAUGCUUAAACAACUAAGACAGCUUAACGUAGCGCUAGACGAGCACAACCGGAGAAUUCAUGAAACAGAAACUCAGUUUGGGAGACUUGAGUAUGACAUGCGUUUACAAGAGAACAGGAAAAAUGGUAUGCGUCAUACACAAGGCAACGUGGAGCAAUCUCUGGAACAGAUCAGGGUGCAGCUGAAUACGGUGCAGCAUCAGGGAUCUGAACUCACCUCUUCCCUGGAGGAGACAGAAAGGGGUCUCAAGAGGGCAGAGGAUGUGCUGCAGGCUAAGAGCAGGGAGUUGGAGGAACUUAACAAGGAACUACGGCAGUGUAAUCUCCAGCAGUUCAUCCAGCAGGCAGGAGUUCCUUCGCCUCAGAUCAGUGUUCCAGCAGACGACCCAGAACUUGCUUACCUCAUGCCAGAUGGACAGAGCGAUGAAGACUCAAAUCACUCAGUGUUAGAGUUCAACCCUUACACCACUGCCAAGCAGAUCCUGGAUAACCCUCGCAGCUUGCAAAACCCACUGGUGUCCAGCCUCCAUCCUGAGGUCCUGCAAUCGAGGGAGGUGUCAUGGCGAUAAAGAUGGGAUUACAAGCCUGAGGAUCUAGUCACUUUAUGUCCUGUCUACAUAGUAUAAUUUUCAAAUUAAGCAUAUAUUCUAAAAAAUGAAUUAUUUUGUGAUUUUGUGUUUGUGAAAAUGUAAUGUGGAAGCACACAUAUGUAAAUAUUGUUAUCUAUGUAAUUAUUAAAUAGCUUAAGAUAAAUGUUCAAUGUAUUUUAUAAAAGUUGUAUUUUUUGUUCAUGAUUUU